ACAGAGAGUAUUCCACCAUUGCUCUGUUUUCCUUUGUUUUUGGGUGUCACGGGUGGCAAGGAAACACUCCAUGCAACCUCAUCCACCACUCUAUAUAACUUCCCACUACUGCCUUCCAAGCUUUCACCUUCCAAUGGCCUCCAUGAAACCACCAUCAAAAUCCCAUCUUUCUCAUCUCUUCCUUGGCUUCUCCAUUCUCUGUUUUCUGUGUUUCAAUGCUGUUUUAGCUCAAACUCCAAUCUUUGCUUGUGAUAUUGCUUCAAAUCCAGCUUUGGCUGGUUUUGGAUUUUGCAAUACUUCACUGGAUGUUGGUUCUAGAGUGAAGGAUUUGGUGCAGAAGCUCACAUUGGAGGAGAAAGUUGGGUUCUUGGGGAAUGCUGCUGGGGCUGUGUCCAGGCUUGGGAUUCCCAGCUAUCAGUGGUGGUCGGAGGCGUUGCAUGGGGUCUCAUAUAUCGGCCCGGGGACGAAAUUCAGUAGUUUGGUUCCUGGGGCUACCAGCUUUCCACAAGUAUUGCUCACUGCUGCCUCCUUUAAUAAGUCUCUCUUUCUGACCAUUGGAGAGGUGGUUUCAACUGAAGCUAGAGCAAUGCACAAUGUAGGAUUGGCAGGACUGACAUUUUGGAGUCCAAAUGUUAACAUAUUUAGAGAUCCUAGAUGGGGCAGAGGUCAAGAAACUCCCGGAGAAGAUCCAUAUCUUGCAAGCCAAUACGCGAUAAUGUACGUCAGAGGUUUGCAAGAUGCCGAUAAUUCAGAUAAACUCAAGGUUGCUGCUUGUUGUAAGCACUACACUGCAUAUGAUCUUGAUAAUUGGAAAGGAUUUAUGCGUUUAACCUUCAACGCCCAGGUAACACAGCAGGAUAUGGAAGACACCUUCCAGCCACCAUUCAAGAGCUGCGUGACUGAUGGGAAUGUGGCGAGCGUUAUGUGCUCUUACAAUCAAGUGAAUGGAAAGCCAACUUGUGCAGACCAUGAUCUAUUGGCAGGAAUAGUCAGAGGUAGCUGGAAACUCAACGGGUACAUUGUCUCUGAUUGUGAUUCUGUCAAAGUGCUUUAUGAAAAUCAGCAUUACACUAAAACCCCUGAAGAUGCAGCUGCAAUUACCAUCUCUGCAGGAUUGGACUUGGACUGUGGUAGCUUCCUCGGAGAGCAUACUGUUGCGGCGGUGAAAGCAGGUAAGGUUGCAGAGCCUAAGGUGGACACUGCUAUAAGUAACAACUUUGCAGUCUUGAUGCGGCUUGGAUUCUUCGACGGAGACCCAAAGAAGCUCCCUUUUGGCGAACUCGGCCCCAAGGACGUGUGCACGCCGGAGAAUCAAGAACUUGCUCGUGAUGCUGCUAGGCAAGGCAUUGUUCUUCUCAAGAACAACGAAGGAGCUCUGCCUCUUUCAACUAAAACCAUAAAAUCACUUGCAAUCAUUGGUCCAAAUGCCAAUGCUAGUCACACCAUGAUUGGCAAUUAUGAAGGCACACCAUGCAAAUACACAACGCCACUGCAAGGCCUAUCAGCAGUGAUCUCUUCUUCUGUGUAUCAAUCUGGCUGCCAAAAUGUGGCUUGUUCAUCCAACAGUCUUCAACUUGACUCGGCGAAAAAGGCGGCGGCAGGCGCAGAUGCAACCAUCUUGAUCGUCGGAGAAGACCAAAGCAUUGAAAGAGAAGAACUAGACAGAGUUAGUCUCCUCCUCCCUGGCGAGCAAACAACACUCAUCACCGAGGUGGCGAAGGUAGCCAAAGGCCCGGUCAUCCUCGUUAUAAUGUCCGGCGGUGGCUACGACAUUUCCUUUGCCAAAAACAAUGAUCAAAUACCCAGCAUUCUCUGGGUUGGCUAUCCCGGUGAGGCUGGUGGCGCAGCCAUCGCUGACAUUAUCUUCGGUUACUAUAAUCCAAGCGGAAAAUUACCAAUGACUUGGUAUCCACAGUCAUACGCCGAUAAGGUGCCGAUGAACGACAUGCGAAUGAGGCCAGACCCUGCCACUGGGUACCCUGGCCGGACAUACAGGUUCUACACCGGCGAAGUUAUAUAUAACUUUAGUGAUGGUCUUAGUUAUACCAACUUCAACCAUCAUCUAGUUCAAGCUCCAAAGCUGGUUUAUAUUCCACUUGAAGAAGGCCAUGCAUGCUACUCCCAGAGGUGCAAAUCAGUUGAUCUCGCCGGAAGCCGGUGUGAGAAGUUGGCCUUUGAUAUACACUUGAGAGUUGAAAAUUCAGGAGAGAUGGGCGGAGCUCAUACAGUAUUCUUGUUCACAACUCCUCCUGCAGUACAUAACUCACCAAAUAAGCAUUUGUUAGGGUUUGAGAAGGUGUCCCUGAGGCCAAAGGCCAUGGGGAAUGUUGUGUUUAGGGUUGAUGUUUGUAAGGAUUUGAGUGUUUCUGAUGAGGAUGGGAAUAGGAAGGUGCCAUUGGGUUCUCAUUUACUUCAUGUGGGGGAUUUGAAGCAUUCUUUGAGCAUUAGGGUUUAAGUUAUUAGGGUUUCUUUAAUAAUGGUUAAUUUAGUUAGUUAGUUAAGGGUAAGUUUCCUCAUAAUAAAGGAAUUAACAAUUGGGUUCCAUGGAAGUGCAUGGAUUGAUUUAAAUAAUUGUAAGCAUUUUUUUUUUUUUUUCCAAGUUUAAUUUUGUCAAUUGUAUUCUGAAUCUAUCUGAUUCAUAUCAAUUUAAUCAAGCAAUUGUAACCA